UUGUCAUAUAUAUAUAUAAAACUGUAGAAUCCGAGCUGAACGUCAAUAAAACUAGAUCGAUCCGUCGUUGUUUUACAUCAGACCUAAAUACUGCCGAUCAAUCAUGUCGGAUCUCCACCACCCAGUGUGCAGAGUCUAUGAUCACCAUUGAUACACACAUAUGUAAUAUCGUAAUAGUGUUUGGAAGCAUUCGUACUCUAUUACUUAACUGACCGUGUGUCACUCUAACUAAUAGAGUAUGUACAGUUAUAACUUAUAUAGAUCAGUGUCCACUGCAGGUCAUCAUGCUGGGAUAACUGUUCUCGCUCCAGUGAACGCACGUAUACACACCUAGUUCUCGUUAAGGUUUACCUGAGCUUAGGUUUGUAAUGACAGUACGUAGGCAGUCGACCUUGACAUACCUGUGUAAAAGUGUAUUAAUGUGAACAAUAUUGGAAAUGCCAGUGUUAGGAAGUAUUGCCAGUUAUACUCCUGGGAUCAGACUGUCCAGCACUACAGGAGACGUUACACACUCGGACGGGCGGACGUAUGUUUGGACGAUUAUGACAAAGAAGUAGACAUGCUAUGAACAAAGUCGUGCCAAUAAGGUUUCACCUUCGUCAUGCUGUGUUACCUGACAAAUGAUACACCUGUAGCCACGUGAUGUCUCACUAGUUUACGUUUAAACCAGAUCAGAGGAAAGUGACGCAAACUCAACACAUAAGUCCCAAUUAAGUGUGAGAUGACCACCACUGGACACUGUGUUCCCUAUCUUCAGCAGUAGGAUAAGGCUACCUGGAACCUCCCCUAACCAUGUACUGGUUGUAUGGGUGUGUUUACAUUUGGACGGGUCUCGUCGCGUGCUUCGCCAAAGAUCAGUGUCUAUCUAUGGGCGACCACUGUAGGGAUAGAACUAUCUCCGCCAAUGGCACGCUCAACUUUGCGGUUAUCGCAAAUUUGCACGAGACUUCCGCGGGAAAAUAUUGCGGAAGCAUAUCUACUAAAGGAUUCCAGACUGCUAUUGCGAUCGAAUGGAUUACAAACAUCCUCAGCAGUUACAUACCGGGGAUAACUCUGGGGUUCGACAUCUAUGAUGACUGUGGACUGCCAUCCAUGGCAACCGACGCUAUAUUGGAUGUACUUCCCGGCGGGAAACCAGCUGAUCUCCUGUCCUGUGACGACACGGCUAGCAAAUCAACAUUUACAGGAAUCAUAGCUAUGACGACCGUUGAAGCUUCCAUGGCCUUAGCGGAUGUCGUAGAACCAGACACCCCAUUUAUCAGCGGGCAUGCGCGAUCUCCGACCUUGGAAUUGAAAGACAAUAUCCUGUUUACUGUUCCAUCCUUUAAAGAAGAAGUAAAGGCGGCCUUCCAGCUGAUGGCGACCCUUAGGUGGUAUUACGUGGUCAUUGUUCACACGGAUGAAGAUAUUGGAAAAUUAUAUCUAGAAGAGUUUGAAUUACAACGGAAAGAAACUAAAGUGUGUGUAGGAGGGAUAAAGGAAAUAUCUAUAAAAUACACAAAAGAUGUAAACAUAGUGAAAACGGAGGUAAAAAAACUCAUAAACUAUCUCGAAAAUCAACAGAGUCAUACUCUCCUAGAACAGAUGGGAGUGGUUUAUGUUGGAGGGACUGUCGCGGUCAGACACAUCAUACAGAGUAUUAUAGACGAGAAGAGCACACAGGCUAGGAGUCUACAGUGGAUCAUGUUAGCCGACAUCAAAACAGACUCGGAUAUUAUAUCAAUGAUUGAGAAAUCGGCGGAUAAAUUAGAUAUAUUUAUGUUAACGGUAUCGCCGCACGAUGUUGUCAACUUGAGUACAUUUAAAAACUACUUUAUUGAUAGAUUACUUAGUGCAGAUCCCGACGGCAGUUAUUCCCCUUGGUUGGACAAGUAUAUGGCCAAAGUGUACCCUGACUGUGGGCACAACUGUAACCGGCUCACUGUGGAGCAAGGCUUCCGACAGGACAUCAACUCAGUCAGCGCCGUGAUCGCCGUGAUGGCACUAGCGUCCGCUAUUAAACGUGUGCAUUAUGAACAUUGUGGAAAUGAGAGUGGCGUGUGUCUAGCACUUCAGGAUAAAAAAUUACAUCUUCUGGUCAUGGACAAAUUAAAAUCUACUUCCAUACCUCUUCAUUCCAGUUUUACACACUUACCACAAGAACUGUCAUCCUUGAAUACUUCUAUCAUGAUCAUGGAUCGGCACUUCCAUAUAGACGGAACAGAAAUGGUUAAUUUCUUCAAAUACAAUAGCAGCACUACCAGGGUGGUAUUUGAUAAGAUCGGAUAUUUGAGCCCAAAUUUUCAUGUCGCAAAUAACAUGUUUUCAAUAUGCAAAGACGAGUGUGGCCCUUGUGUUCAGGAAGAGGAAGUAGAGUUCGGUUACGUGGAUGGUGAUAUUAUAAUAUUGGGACUGUUCUCUAUACGGGAGUCCCAAGGUGACUUUGGCUGUGGGGGUUACAGAGACGACGACCAGGCUAUCGUCACCGCUCUAGCUUUUAUACAAACCAUUAAACAGUUGCCUCUAAUAGGUGGAAAGCGCAUCGGAGGAUUAGCUCUGGACGAUUGUUAUUCAUCUCUGAACAUUUCCCACUUCUUGACAGAACUGUUCAGUGGUAAGAGAAAGUUAAAGUUUAAAACGUCUGGGUCCGAACAAAUCAUAGACAUGUCGAAGGUCCGAUUUGCAGUUGGUGCUGUGUCGAGUGACGUCACCCUGGUUGUUGCCGAUCUUUUGACGCAUCUCAAUAUACCCAUGGUAUCCUAUGGAGCUUCUUCUUCCUUCCUAGAUAACAGACGCAUGUACCCAUAUUUCCUACGGACCGUGCCGAGCGAUAAACUCCAAGUGGACGGAAUCGUUGACGUCCUGACAUAUCUCGAUUUUUCAUUCGUUGGUGCAAUUUAUCUGGAUGACGCUUACGGAUAUAAUGGGAUAUUGGAUGUAGAGAAAAAGGCUAACGAUAACGGGAUAUGUAUCAUCAACAAACAAAAAGUGACUGGUAAUUACCUGAAGUACCCACAGAUCGAGGAGACACUUCAACAGAACGUAGUCGAUGUCGUAGUAUUUUAUGGCAUUUCUACAGUGGCAAAGGAAAUGUUGGACGAUUUCGAGGAUUCGUAUAUAUUCAUAGCCAGCGAGGCAUGGGGUAAAGAUCCUGAUCUGAUCACACAACAGACCGGACCAAAGAGCAGAGGAUCGCUCGUCUUCCAGACAGACACGACUUUCCACACAGACAACUACUUACAAAAGUAUCUCAUGUCCAUUUCGCCUCAGAACGAUACAGGGCUGCCCUGGGUAGAGCAUUUGUGGGAAAAUCUCUUGAAAUGUGACUUCCCGUGGUCAAUUGACAAGAGAUUUACAAACAGAGUUUCAAACGACUGUUCAAUGAACGCGAGAAUAAAUCAAACCUACGCUUCCCACUUGAGUGAUUACCAGCGCGUGGUGCACAUAAGCCACGCCGUUAACGCUAUUUGGACAGGCUGCAAUAAAUCAACCAUAUGUAUGACGCAAACUGUUGACAGAGCAUUUGCAGAGCAGCUGACGAACGCCAUCAAAAAUGUCAAACUAACACAAGUGGAAGGGACUCCAUUCAAACUAUUCAAGGAUGAUGGAAAUGGUUUUAUGGGUCUCUCUAUAUUUAACAUACAACAUCAGCAGGAUAAUAAAUACGUUUACAAGAAGGUUGGGACCUUUAGCGAGGAAGGACAUCUUAACUUAGAACUGGACCAAAUCAAAUUUUACGACUCAUUUGGUAACCCCGUGCAAGCCUUCGAUGUCAAGGCCACCUGCAAACCUGACUUGUGUAGUAAUAUCUGCCAGCUCGCCCCUCCCGCCAACAACACGACAAUGGCCCCCGCCACUGAUAGGCCUGUCACUCAAACGUCUGCCCCUACGGACGACUCCGCUGGGCCCGAUAUUAUAGUGAUGGGUGUCGUCAUUGGCCUGAUGUUCGUCGUUCUUCUCCUCCUCAUUGUCCUACUGUUUCGUCAACACACUACAAACAAGCAGAUUUCCUCCCAGAAAAUGUCUAUGCAAAGUCGUCAUACAACCAGCAGCCGAAGUUUGGAUAAUAUGUAUGAAGAUAUCGGUAGCUCGCGCGGGAAUUCAAAUCAAGGUUUCGAAACGCAUAAUUUCAAUUCAAGAGACUUCAGGGAUGGGUCGUGUGGUGAUUCUAGUAGUCUUACGACCAAGAAAACUUCCUCAGUUGAAUAUUCGGACGUAGUUCAAAGUCUACCUGAUCUGACAAAACCAACUGCCCCAAGAACGGCGUCAUCAUCAGCUUCAGGUUCCGGUGGAGAUGCAAGUAGUGUACCGUCUAGAGGAAGUCGCGCUACCGAGAAAAACAGUUCAGGAAUGUCGGAUACUUCCGGUCCUUCGAGUCUCGGAGACCGUACGCAUCUGAACUAUGUCUCAGCCAAAGAACUGGCUUUGGUGGACGAGGAUGUGUUGGCUACCCCUCCUCCAAGCUAUUUGGAGUUGAGAGGAGCGGUUGAAGCAAACGCAAACCCGCUCCAGAAUUCGACGUUGCAGAGGAGAUUGUUACAGGCGCAAAACCGUAAUGCUUAUAACCCAAUGCAACCGCCUGAAAAUAUACCUCUGUCGAUAAACACAGCCGAGUUGACGGGACCGUUUGAAGCAAACACCAAUUCCCCCCAGAAUUCGACAUUGCAGAGAAGAUCAUUACAGCCGCAAAGCCGUGAUACUAGUAACCCAAUCAAAUCACCUGAGCAUGCACCUCUACCGAUUAACAGUACCGAGGUGUUUAGGGCGAAUAGACCUCAGACUCUUCCUGGGAUAAGUCCUGAGCAGCUCUCCAAUCUUCAGUUUGUACAUCAUCCCAGUACACAUCUACAAAGUCCUCAACUGCAGCCUCCUCCGGUAGAACAGCAGCAGGCUAUGUAUCUGCAUGCAUUACCACAGGACCACCACAUAAGCACGUCACCUCAUCAAUUCAAACCCGUAAGUCAGCCGGAGAGUAGUCAUAUGCCUGGACAAGGCACCAGUCCAAAUCAACUAUACCUCCUGGCAAACCAUCACAAUCGUGAGUCAGCCAUGUAUCUGGAUCCGGUUCCACAAAAUACAAACAUUGUUCAUAAUGGAGGAUAUGCUCCUCAGUCGAGUCCCGUAGUAUUAUUCGACCAGAAUGGCGUGCCUCACAUUUACACAGAGAGCAAUUUAGCACAAUACCCGAGAGACUCUCCCGUUAAUACAGCACCACAACAAAGACCAAUUCCAAUUAAACCAGUGACACAAUCCCCCGUAGUGUAUCAACGUGCCGCCAAAGAACCAAAUCAAACAUACAUGUCACAUCAGAGUAAUGUCCCCUUACAAUAUCCGAUAGGACAAAACAAUGAUCCUAGACAACAAAGACAACUAUCUCCCUCCUACCUAGAUGAUGACGAUGGAGAGGUUAUCAUCAUAUAAAGAUUAUCACGUGAUCAUGUAACAGUAUACAUGUUAACAUUUGUAUGUGCUCUAUAAAAUAAGAGACAUAUUCAAUCCAGACUACACUUGCUCGAGGUGUAAGGAGUCAAACUGUAUACAUACAUGUCUGGAUAAAUUAAUCGCCAUUAGUUCAGACUAACCUCGCUAAAAUGUAAUAUAUGUGUACUAUACUCAUGAAGUCAGGGUACGUCAUUCAUCUUCAGUUCAGAUCAACCUCAGUUUAAGCGUAACAGGUCUAUACCAUGCUUAUAAAAGUCUGGAUUUAGUUUAGACCAACAUGGUUGAAAGUGUAACAGGUCUGAACUAAGCUGUAAAGUCUUACGUUAUAUACGUUAACGGCAGCGAUUAACUACCAGUGUUAACAGAACACAAAUUGUCCUACAAGCUAUUUUGGUACCAUUCUAUUAUAUGAGUACAUGUUCAUUAUUUGACCGAUAUAACCGUUGUGCUUUAUCUCUUGAACUAAGUAGCUUAAUGACCUUUAUAAGAGGUGGAAGUUGGAGAUGUAUUCCAUUUUUGGGAUGUUUUAGUACCCCUUGUUAAUCAAUUGUAUCGACUUUUAAACUCAAAGUUUGUCCUUGUGGUGAUUGACGCUCUGGUAUAGGUAUACUUUAAUAAAAUGACCACUUGUACCAACUGUAACAGCCAAGGAAUAUGAGGGGAAAAUACUGCCUUACAGGCAAGUUAGCUGUACCAGUGAUGCAUUAUAACCCGGAGAAACGCUCACUAGCUCAGCAAAGUCGAGCGUGGUCAGUAGUUGGAUGGGUGACCGCCAGCACGUUCCACAACUUGAAAGAUUAACAUGAUCCAUCAAUGGAAUAUUUUUGUUUCAAGAAAUAAAAAUAGACAAUGUCGUCGUUGUGUUUUGCGACGUUAAAAUAUGUAUCGUUAUAUGUAUGGUUAGAACGACGCCCGAGUUUCCUCUGGCCCUAACACCAGACUUAGACAUUUUAACCCUAACCCACACCAGACAUCUGUAUGUCAAAAUGUCUACGUUUGGUGUUAGGGCCAGAGGAAAGUCGGGUUAGUUAGAACGAUAUCAUACACCUACAGAUAACGUGUUUCCUAAUUGUUGUAAAAUAAAUAAAGUUUACAUUUCAUAGAUAACUGUGCCAAAUUUCAGAAGACAACUGAGUGUUUAAAAUCAACUUUUUAUGUGAACAUAUCGAUCAAUACUUCAAACCUGCAAAACGCGCAAAUGAAUAUGAUAUUAUUGUUAUAAUAUGUUCCACAAAAUUACAUUAAUGCAUGAUAUUGCUUUGACCUUUGUAUUUUGUUGCACCAGUUUUAUCGAUUUUAAAUUACAAUUGCUGCUUUGUUUACAUUUUGGUAUUCUGUACUGAUUGCAUUUUAUUGUCCUCACUACAAAGUUUCAAAUGCUUUAGUUAACCCUUUCACCACUGUAGACCAUAUUGGACUCAUCCAGAUCAAUGCAUGGUAGAGUCUACUAAAGUUGCAUAGGGGGAAAGGGUUAAUAAAGUAUUAUUCUUACUCAAGUCACUUAAACAUGUUGACUUCAUACCGGCGACAAGCUUCACAAUUAUUCGUCGUUCCUAAUUGAUCAAGCCAAUGAAUUAGUCUAUAUUGAUACUAGCUCCCACUAAACACGUUGGUGUAGUCCCGUGUUCCACGAUAUCCCGUUGUGUACGUUGGAUCACCGAGACAAAUGCUGCUGUGUCGUCUGACAAAUAUUUCAGGAUAACUAAACCACUGCCAAAACUGAUAGUAUACAUUUAAAACUUCCUCUGCAUGACUAUAGCUUGUAUACUCCUUACACAGAAAACACUCAGGUGAAAUAAACAAAACAAUUAACCAACGACAGUGUUCUGAUUGUGAAAAGAAAAGAAGAAAGUGGCUUGACCAGGGUUCAAACCCUGGAUAUUAAACCCUGGUUUAAUAUACUGUCGCUCUAACCAACUGAGUUACCGUAUCAAUGGAUAUUCAAUGUCUAAGUCCCUCUACAGUUACCUUAAAAACAAAAUAAAGAGGAGACUAUCGUAUGUAUCAAAAAUAUAGGGGAAUUCUCCGGUGGCUUGCAUUCAAGGGGGCAGGGACCCUUCAAGGCUUUUUGCGUUUCGAAACCUUUUUGAUAUUUGUAGUUUAAAUAAUAAAUGUGUCCUAUGCUCAAAUAAUGUUUUUUAAAUGCAUGCAAUGUACAUGUGAAAACAUGGUGCCAAAAUAUGUUUGUAUACUUAAUACUAUGUAAUAUAUUGUGAAAGGGAAUGAGUGAAUAAUAUAUUUACAUAAAGAUAUAUGCAAUAUUUAUAAAGAAAU